CUGAUCAACCUGCAACAUCCCCCUCGACCUGCUGCACCUGCGCCGCCUCUCAGGUAUGGCCGCCGCAGAUCGCCUGCCUCCGUACGUCGUGCUGCUCCGCAGCGUGGAUCUGGAGCGGGUCUCCGACGAGCGCACGCAAGAGUUGGGCGUGCUCAGGUGCCCUAAUCGGAAGGCCUACGGAUGCGGCGCGCAGGGGCAGAAGCUGGUGGAAGGCCUCACGCUGCUCCUGCGGCUUGUCGACUACCCGAAUCUCAUCUCGUCCCUGUGCAUCCGCCUCAGCGAUCAAGCGCUUCAGAUCAUUCAAGAGGAAUUGGGCCAGAGGCGCAGACCCAUCCUCCAGAUCGGCGGGAGCAGAGGGAUCGACGCCGAGGGCCACGUCCACCAAGCGGACGGGAGCCUCAUCGCACUCACGGUGGUCUUCUGCUUCGAGGCAAGAGAGCUCAUCUAUCACCUUGUCUACGACGCCGUCGGCGAAUCGCUCUCGUUGGCCGCGGAUCUACCGAAGCAUCGGGCAUCCCCUCUUACGGGGAAACCCGUUCCCCUGCGCCGCCGCGACGGCGUCUAUCUGCUCACCGUGGCGGAGCUGGUUGAGGUAGGGCGGCGGCGUCUGCGGCGACCCGACGAUGGGGUUCUCUGCGUGUGGCCUAUGGGGCCGCCGGCGGAUCUCUCGUCUUCUCCCCCCGAUCCGUGGCAGAUUAAGAAGCGGGUCUUCCAGGGUGAACGGGGCAAGGGGCCCUUCUUUGCGCACGUCGCCUUCUCCUUCCAAGGCCAUGCCUUCUGGGUCAAUCUCAUGGAAGGCGCCCUGCGCUGUGACCACAUGCGCACCACCGGUGACUGCUCUGACGUGGGUUUUGACUUCAUCAGCUUACCCGACGGGUUCGAGCUUGGUCUCGGCGGUACCUUGGAGUUGGGGCUAGGCGACACUACCAUGAAAUUUGGGUUGGUGAACAUGUUUCGUACCAUGGGCAGCGAUGGGGAUUCUAUUAAGUUCGUCUCCAUCGAUCACACCGGGGGCUUUGGUGACAGGAUGGUGAGGGUGUGGACUCUGCAUAUGGAUCACCAUGGACAUAGCUGGAGUCACGACAUUCAGUUCAGUGUGGGAAGCAUCUGGGAUCCGGAGGACUUUAAGAAGGCGAGACUGCCGAAGAGUUUGCCCAAGUGCCCCGUUGUAAUGCCGGAUGGUGUCCUGUGGUUCCUGCUGCCCAACAGGUGCUUGACACUGGAUUAUUCCAUGGAUGAUCAUAUAUGCAUCCUUGACAUGCGCAACAUGAGCAUCUCAUAGUUUGGACGUCUCCGUGGCUUCAAUAGCAGUAAACCAGCCAUCUUGCCUUCCAGUUUCAUCAAAACUCUUGAUCCUCCUGCUUUAUCUGAGAGCAACAUGUACGGCAGCCUCAUCUCUGGUGUGACACUCUCAGGCAAAAAUAUGGAGAAGCAAGAAGGAACUACUGCUCAAACUAAUCAAAACAUUGAAGAAUUGGCGGGCUCUGUGCAAGGCUGCAGACUUGCAAGAGCUGGACCAAGUGGUGGAGGACCUCACAUCAAGACUACACCGACCCCUGUGCUUAUCUUUGGAAAGGCAGUCAACCCCUGCGCCCUCAAGUUCCCAGACGGUGAUUCUAUCAGAUUUGGCAGCGUGGAAUGGCCAGGAUGAGACCUCCCGAAGAUAGGAACUCGGUAGAUGAUCAUCUGUUCUUCGCUGGUGAUGUUAUGGCUGAAGUUGGGGGUGAUUGGAGUCAGGGACCAAAUUGAAGCCAAUAGUAGUACUUGCUGAACGUGGACUUUUGGAUCAUGUUCCAAUUAAGUCCAAAGCUUUGCUUCUGAGUUGUGUUCCACUGCUG